GAGCGAGCCAGUAACAAGCGAGGAACAGCCAAACUGUGGUUCGUUGCACCAAUGAGCGGCGGAGGGAGGUGGUGCUACUUUCCCGGAAGUGAAAUACUACCCGCCGGACUUCGAUCCUGCUAAGAUCCCAAAGCUCAAACUCCCGAAGGACCGACAGUAUGUGGUGCGGCUCAUGGCCCCCUUCAACAUGCGAUGCAAGACAUGUGGUGAAUACAUCUAUAAGGGGAAGAAGUUUAAUGCCCGUAAGGAGACAGUUCAGAAUGAGGUGUACCUGGGACUUCCCAUCUUCCGCUUCUACAUCAAGUGCACACGUUGCCUGGCAGAGAUCACUUUCAAGACAGACCCUGAGAACACAGACUACACCAUGGAGCAUGGCGCCACUCGCAACUUCCAGGCUGAGAAGCUCUUGGAGGAAGAGGAGAAAAGAACGCAGAAGGAGAGGGAAGAGGAAGAGCUUAACAAUCCCAUGAAGGUCCUGGAGAACCGAACCAAGGACUCCAAGCUGGAGAUGGAGGUUCUGGAGAACCUGCAGGAGCUGAAGGAACUCAACCAGCGCCAGGCAAAUGUGGACUUUGAGGCAAUGCUGAAGCAGUACAAGGAGUAUGAGGAGGAGCAGAAGCGCAAGGAGCAAGAGGAAGAUGAGCAAGAGAUGAAAGCUAUGCUGGAGCAGGCCCAGAACCGGCGGCUGCUGGUAGACUCUGACUCUGACGAAGAUCCUGUGAAAUCGCGCACGAAGCCUGUGGAGAAAAUUAAACCUACGGAUAUUUUGCAGGAGGACCCUCAGCCCCAGAGUAAGAAGCUGAAGACGGAGAGCUGGGAGCGGAGUGUGGGCAAAUUGAACACCAAGUCCCAGCUGGCCGGGCUGGUCACAGUGAGGAAGCAGAAGCCGGGUCCUGCCCUGGCUAAUGGGACAGAGAACCAAGGCACCAUGGCCAAGACCGGCUCGUUUCCCACAGCAACGGGCACCACGUCCUCUCUCGGCUUGUUGGGGGCGUAUUCGGACAGCGAGGACAGCGCAAGUGACUGAUGAGCAACCGAGCCAGCCCAGAGCAGGGAUCGUGGGCUGUUCCCCCCUCCCAGCUGACAGCAGCUGCUCUCCGGAGCCCCAGCGCAGAGCUGGCGUCACGGCCAACAGGCCCAGCGGGGUUUCCAGGCCAUCUGGAGUCCCAGCAUCUUCACCUGUCCAGCCCAGGGUGUGUGUCCAUCCUCCAAUGGGGAUGAGACCCCAGCCACCCUCCUUGGCUAACACCACCUGCAGCCUGAACCCAGAUGAGCCAGUCAAGAAGACACCUUACUCAGAGGAGGGUACCACUGCUGCGUUGCAGCCGGUGGAAAGCCCUGAUGCUGUUCCAGGCUGGCUGUGCCCAAACCCAGCUUCCAGAGCACAACGCCUCCCAGCUCUGCACCCAUAAUGUGUUCGAAAGCACUGGGGCCGGCUGGGACCAUGUAGUUUCUCUGUUCUGGUGGUGCCCACUCCCCUCACCACCACGCUGGUCAUGCCUGGGCCUGGGUACGUGACUCACUGACCCUCCCAUGGCAAUAAAGGGACCUCAGGGCCUUCCUUCCCUCUUUUUCCUUGCCUCUUGCCGUGGGAGGAACCGUCACCACCGCUUCUCCAGCCCUGGGUGUCUCCUGGCCCCCCUGUGGGGCUCAGCUCCUGCCUUUGUGGGGUGAGCCUGAAUCCUCUGUUGUUUCACUGUUAGAGGUGACACAUUCUGCAGCACGGAUGUGGCGGGGGGCUCAUUUAGCCCCCCGCUGCGGGGACAGGGCUGUCCCAGCUGUCCUGCCACCAGCCUCCUUCCCCUGCCCACGCCCUCUCAUGCCCCAGCCACCCCGGCAGCUUGGUGACAAACCCCACCAUUCGUAGAGCGCCUGGGUCUGCUCGGCUCACCGGCAGCCAUGACCUGGUAAUAAAUUGGAUGUGUCAGA